AUGCAUGAACUGGAGAAUUUGCAACAGCGUGAAGCUGAGUUGCAGGAGAAGAUUAAGAAAGCUAACAAGAUGAACCUCAGCUUACAGUUUCUCAGGGACCAGUAUACUGAAUGUUCAGAGGGAGCAGAGAGGGAGAGGAAAGAGGUUCUUCAUCUGGAUGCAGAGCAUGAGAGGCUGGUGGUGGAGUUAGCUGAAGAGCUGCAGAGCAAGCAGGAGCGAGAGCGCCAGCUAGUGAAACUCACUCCGUACGCUGUGAACUUCGAGCGGGCGGCCAAGUUGACCAAGUUUAAGGAUGCAAAGAGCCUCGCAGAUCAUAUGGAGAACCUUCUCCGCAUUCGAGAGAGUCACCUUCAGAAGGACCUGAAGAAGCGUGAGAAGUAUGACGAGCUGAGGAGAACCCUGCAGUCAAAGCAAGAACAGCAUCCCCUCAUGCGUCUGCAGAAGAACUACGAGCUGUCCCAGAUGGAGGUGGAGCAUGAGAAAGAGCGCUCUGAAGUUCUGGAAUGGGAGAGGAAGUGGAACCACAUUCAGGAAACCGCAUCAAAUGAAACACUUCUCCUGGGACAAAUCAAGAUGGCGACACUCAACCUCUACGAAAUGACGUGUCAAGACGAAAAGGCAGAUGAAGUGGUUGAUAUAAACGACACAGAGAAACAGCUGGACCAGGUUAAGACGUUCAUUCAAGACAGCGACGACAUUGUCAAACAAUAUCAGACUUCUUCACAGAGACAAGAUGGAAAGAAAAGAGACAAAAAGAGCUUUCCAAGUCACCGUAAAAAAAAAGGCUUCAAAGUAACCUUUACCAUGAGUCUCCUUUGCUGAGAUGGAACUAAAUAAUUAAAGUGUGUUUAUCUAAUGUUAAACUCUGUGAGUUUCAUUAACUGUUAACUUGUAGACACUGAACUUCAAUACACUUGAAAACUGAGUGCAAUCAACUAUUGUCCAUGUAUCUCAUCAUUGUUAUUAACAUGGCUUGAUUCUAAAUUCUGAAAUGGUUCUGAUAGUGGUAGCUAAACAUUUGAGGGUGACUUGUUCAUAAAUGCUGUAUAUCUACUAGCAAAAUCAGAUAACUUAUAGUAGUAGUCAAUCCUCCUCCUAUUGGCACAAUGUAAUGUAGACAAUGAAUCAUUCAGAACAAAAAGUCCUGUA